AUGACAUCUUUACAAAUGAUUGAUCGUUCUCGCUGGACUUCCCAUCGUGCAAACCUCUCAGGAACACCUUCUUCUCCAUCCGAAGUUACGAUCCACUAUAUCUUAUGCCAUCCUCCAGCCAACGUCACCUCAUCUUCGAGAUGGCAUCUAUCGCAUGGGGAGAAUGCCUCCUUCCAAGGAACAGACGCCUGUGAUAAUGCUGUCAAAUAUGGCGUCACUGGAGGUCUAUGGAAUUUCAUCUUUCAAUGGCAGACAGACUUACCCGAGGCUCUCACUGCUGGUCUAGAAUACAUUUACAUCAAGUCGUUCUAUGAUCGCUUGUGUUACAAUGUGUCGGCUUUCUCACCAAGCGAUGUCGAGCACUAUGCAAGCAAAUUUGCUCAACCAGGUGGGAUGCGGUCUGGAUUUGACGUCUCCCGCGUAUUCCACCAAGAUGCUAAAGAUAAUCUCCGCAUGCUCAAGGAUGGAAAGUGCAAGGUACCAAGCAUGUCUUUGAUGGGUGAAAAGAUUUUUCUGGCAAUUAUUGCAAGCCAACAGAAUAAACAGAUAUACGAGAACACAUCCUCGACUCUAAUCCCUGGCUCAGGACAUUGGUGCGCGGAAGAAAAUCCUUCCGGAUUUGUCGACGCUGUGCUUGAUCGGGAAAAUGAAUUUGUGAACGAUUCCCAGAUGAUCGAACCUCAUGAUAACAUGGCCUCGCGGCAUGCUGGACUCGUACAUAUAUAUCGCACAACAGAAGAAUACCAUACCACAAGCAAGAAAAACAUGCGAACUUCAGUCAAGAGCAUGGGCUGA